AAUGGGAACAAGACGUCCAGCAGUGCAAGGAAUGCUUGCUUCGCAUCAAGCGCAUCCGCGGGGGACUGAAGGCGAGGCGGCCAAUGGCGGCGUGCAACAAGGCGACCCCAUGCUGCGCCGGUGCCAGCUCAUCCGGCCGCGCGCCGGCUUGCAUCAAAAGGGCCCGCCCUUGCCCCGUCAAACACUCGACUCGACUCGAUCUCUCUCCCAUCCUUAGCCCACUUUGCUUACCCGACAGAACACAAUCAUCACCACCACCACCACCAACUACACAUCCACCUGACGCCCAUCGUUGCCCCUCACUCACCACACGCGCCGCCGCCGCCCAAACGCCGCCCACCUUCUUUCAAUGGCGGGCCCGCUCCUCGACUCCACUGAUCCCUUCCUCCAGAUCUUCCAGCGCGAACGCCAGUCCGUCUGGGAGAGGAAUCAGCACUUGUCCGACCACGACCGCGAACUCCUCUGGACCCAGCGCAAGGCCGAGCUCGCCUCCUUCAUCCACGCCGACGAGGCCCACGCCUUUGCCAACAAUGUGCAGGCCGCACACACGACGCCCCGGACCCUGUCCUACAAUCCGGCCACCACUUCCUUCGACGUCCCCUUGGCCAUGUCCCGCAGCCAGGACCUCUCCCUCCACUCCGCCCCCAUGAUGGCCUCGUCGUCGUUCCCCAUCGACGUCCCGCGCGGCAACCACCUCCCCUCGAGCGAGUUCCUGACGCAGCACCGCCUGGACCAGCAGCAGCAAUUCCACCAGCAGCAGCACCAGCACCAGCAGCAGCAGUACCAGCACCAGCACCAGCAUCACCAGCAGCAGCAACCCCUCGAUUGGCCCGCAGCGUCGUACACGCUCAGCUCGCGGCCGGGGCUCAACCGGAACCGCUCCCUGCGCCAACCCAUGCCGCGCCUCAACGAAGUCGAGGUCUUCGACGACCCCUCCGAGUACAUCGCCACGUUCGACGGCGCCGCCCCGGCCAGCCUGCCCACGCACCUCGACGCCUUCUCGCACGACGCCGCCGCCGUUGCCGCCGCCGCCUGCCUGCCCCCCUCGCUGCACCACCGCUCCUGGAGCACUGCUGACGGCUCCGUCUCGCCCAGCACCUCCAUCGGCGACAUGACGGUGGGUUCUACGCUCGCCAGUGACAGCAUGAGCCGCCAGAGCAGCAGCAGCACCUAUUUCGCUUCCGCCUUUGACAUGAUGCGCGUCCAGUCCAACUACUCGAACGUCUCUGACUCCGUCUUCCAAGAUGAUUAUUUCUUUUCUGCGUCGCCGUCUAUUGGCAAGGCCCCCCAGGGGGGCUUGGCAAUAAACGAGCAAGUUUCCUUGUUUCCUAUGUCUUCUUCUACUGGUGGUGCACCAGUGGCUUUUCCUACUCAGUCAAAUUCCUCUUCUUCGUCUUCUGUUCCUUCUGUUUCUCCUCUCGUCACGAGUGCGCCGUCUGUGCACUUUUCUCUUCAGACCAGCAUGGCGCGCUCGACCUCGCUCGAGAGCGCCACGGCCGACGCGGGCGUGUCGCAGGCUCGUCCCGCGCGCCGCCACGUCGAGCAGGUGCGCCCUAUCGCGCCCAAGUCUGACGCCAUCAACAACCACAGCAGCAGCAGCAACAGCAGCAGCAGCAGUCCCGUCGCGGCCAAGGCCGGCGCGAAAAUGGAGCGUGCCCACACCAGCGGCGCGACGGGAUCUGCGCACACUGCGACACCCUCGACGUCGGCGACGCUCGUGCGCGUGCCCACAACCGACGGCACGACCAAGUCUGUGGCCGCCAUCUCCAAAGCGCCGUACAUACGGCCCGUGCACCCCAAGAUCAUGUGCCAGCAGUGCAACGAGCACCCGGAGGGCUUCCGCGGCGAGCACGAGCUGCGCCGCCACACGGAGCGCGUGCACAGCGCCAUCCGCAAGGUGUGGGUGACGGUCGACGCGUCGGCGGGCCAGCGCUUCCUGUCCAACUGCAAGGCGUGCCGCAACGGCAAAAAGUACGGCGCCUACUACAACGCGGCGGCGCACCUGCGGCGCGCCCACUUCAACCCCCGCAAGCGCGGGCGCAAGGCCAAGGGCGACGAGCGCCGCGGCGGCAAGGGCGGUGGAGAUCACCCGCCCAUGGACGUGCUGAAGACGUACUGGAUGAAGGAGGUCGAGGAGUUUGUGCCCGAAAACGCGGUCGUGAGUGGCAGUGGCAGUGUCAGCAGCAGCGCCAGCAGCAGCAGCGCCAGCACGGUGCAGCCGCUGCCGCUGCAGUGCGAGGUGAUUGACCUGGAAGCGGAGGAGGACGGCGACGGCGACGCCGAUCUCGACCUCGAUGUCGAGAUGGACAUGGAUGCGGCUGACGAAGCCGCGCUGCAGGACGAGGCGCUCGCGCUUGUGGCGCCGGCCGGCUCGUCGGCCUCUACCGCUAUCGACCUCUCUGCGUAUCCGGACGCGUCGUCUGCCGCUGCCGUUGCUGCUUCUUCUGUCGACACGGCAGGCUUCGGCGACGUCAUGGCUGCGUAUGCGGACCCGGCUUUGUUGGGCAUGGGCUUGCAGAUGCAGAUGCAGAUGCCGUUUGAUGAGGCGGCGCAGCAGCAGCAGCAGCAUCAGCACCAGCAGCUCCAGCACCAGCACCAGCAGGUCUUCGACCCCACUGGCAGCAGUGGCAGCGGUCACGAGUAUGCUUACCUGUAGAGAUUUUUCCCUUUCAUUAUUGUGGUGUCGACUCGGGGGGUGCAGUCUCGGACUGCAUCGAUUUCUUUUCUUUUUUCCCUUUUUUUUUCCUUUUCUAAUUGUUGAUGUUUGCUUUGACUUCCCUUUGUUGUACAUUUCUUU